AUGGGAAAUAAUCUGACAAGUACAGAAGUACAACAGGCAAUCUUUCAGGCCAUAAGAGACAACGAUUUGACAGAAGUCCAAAGUCUGUUCUACUCCUGUGACAUUCAACCAAAAAACAUUACAGAUAAAACCGAUAAAAACAACACACUCCUACAUUGUGCCGUGGAAGAAAAUAGGUAUGAAAUAGUCCAGGAGCUAUUAUUGAAAACGUGGGAAAUAAAUAUAAAUGCACAGAAUGACGAUGGUGACACUGCCCUGCACCUUUGUGCCAAGAACAACUACGAUCGACUUAUACAUUUGCUCCUGAAGAACGGAGCGGUCAGUGAUGUUGUCAACAAGGAAGGUCUAACAUUUCUGAAUAUUCUUAGGAGGCUGGUGAUUCGAACAGGAAUCUACAGAAGCAACCAGCAGGUUGAGAUAAUGCAUCAAGUAGUUACAGGGCAAAGCGAGGAGCAGAAAAUAACAAAAGUUGAUCCAAUGCAUACAAAGGAUAAUAAGAAGCGAAGAGUAUCUCCGCAAAUAUUGGACAGGAAUGCUAAAAUAAACAAAAUUGCUAAUAAGAAUUGGUCGCUUUUGCACAUCGCAGCAUAUAACGGAGAAAUAGCAAGGGUUCGAUACCUGUUAGGCCUUGGUGCCAAAAUAGAUGCCGAAAGUAAGGACAAGUUGACGCCACUCCAUUGCGCGACCAAAAUGGAUUUCAAAAUGUAG